UGCUGUGGCGCUCAUCAGCAUCACUAGAACCACCAGCACAAGCGGCUCGCCCUCCUCCGACUGACCGCUGAAGGAGCCACACGGAGCGAUUCAAUCUUAGGAUGAACGCUUGCUGAGGAGCAGCCACAAAGCCGAGGGCGACACAAACACUCGCCGGUGGGGGCGAAGAGGAGAGCGAGGCGACGAGCCCUUUCGCCGUUCGAGAGCUCGCAUCAAGUGGAGGAGGUGGGAGGACUUUGCCAUGGUCCGAUUCGGGGACAUCGUGGUAGUCCUGCUUCUUGUGGACUGUGCGGUGUCGCUGGACGUGCAGAUCACACCCAGUCAUGGUGAAAUCAGUCUCGGGGAGUCCAAAUUCUUCAUGUGUGAAGUUAUUGGAGGGGCAAAGCACAUAGACUGGUUUGGGCCAAACGGUGAAAAGAUAGAACCAACCAGACCGAACGUCAUGGUGACCCGAAACGACGUAACGUCAUCCAUCCUGACGCUGUACCGAGCUGUGACGGAGAACGCCGGCACGUACAAGUGCGUCGCCACCAAUGGAGAUCAACAGGGAGAGUCAACGGUUAACAUCAAAGUUUUCCAGAGAAUCACCUUCACGAAUGCGCCGUCGCCGCAAGAGUUUACGGAAGGAGACACCGCAGUCAUCGUAUGUGAUGUCAUCAGUUCCCCUCCACCCACCAUCCUCUGGAAAUACAAAGGAGCUAGAAUUCAGAUGGAAAAAGACGUUCGCUUUAAGGUGCUGAGCAACAACCACCUUCAAAUCCGUGGCAUAAAGAAGACGGACGAGGGCUCGUACACAUGUGAGGGACGCCUGAUGGCCCGCGGCGAGAUUGAUUUACGGGUUAUCACGGUCGUCGUAAAUGUCCUCCCGACCAUCAGGGUAUGGCAGUCAGAGGUGAACGCCACAGCAGAUGUGGGCCAAUCUGCCAUGUUGACCUGUGCAGUCGAUGGUUAUCCUGAACCCAUGGUGACCUGGACAAGGAACCAAAUGGCUCUGGAGGCUGGAGAGAAGUACGCCUUCAACGAGGAUGGCUCGGAGAUGUCCAUCAUGGACGUGAGCAAGCUCGACGAGGGCGAGUACACUUGCAUCGCCAAAAACAAGGCUGGGGAAACAGAGCAGGAGCUUAGUCUGAGAGUAUUUGUCAAACCCAAGAUCACCUACAUUGUAAACCAAAGCACAUCCGAGAUGGAGGAGCAGGUCAUGCUAACUUGUGAGGCCUCAGGGGAUCCAACGCCCACCAUCACCUGGAGCUAUGGCAACCGUGUCUUCACCGACGGCGAACAAGCACACCUAAACAGGAUCUAUCAGGCAUCAUGGACUCGCCCCGAGCAGCACAAGAGUGAGGAUGGGAAUGUAGUGGUGCGGAGCGACGCUCGCGUGUCCUCCCUCACGCUAAAGUACGUCAAGUACACCGACGCCGGCCAGUACCUAUGUUCGGCGCGCAGUGCCAUCGGUGAAGAUGACAAGGGGGCAUAUCUGGAAGUCCGCUAUACCCCUAAAAUCCACGGCGAAGUGGCGGUGUACACCUGGGAGGGAAAUGCUGUCAACAUCAGCUGUGAGGUGCAGGCUCACCCCAGCCAAGUUACUAUAGUGUGGCUGCGAGACGGACUGACGCUGCCUAAUGCCAAUACGAGCAACAUUAAGAUCUUCAGGUCGCCCUUGGCCAGCUACCUCCAGGUGACGCCGGCGUCAGAGAAUGACUUUGGGAGUUAUAACUGCACUGCUUCCAAUGAGGUGGGCACAGAGGCCAAAGAGUUUGUCCUCAUUCAAGCCGAGGUGCCAUCAUCUCCAUUCAUCAAUGAGGUGUCACCAUUCUCCACCACUGCGCUGGUUCAGUUUGAGGAGCCGGAGUCCACCGGAGGUGUCCCCGUGCUCAUGUACAAAGCGGCAUGGAGGACGCAAGGCAGGGGCAGCUGGUCUCAGAGAAUCUACGAGCUCAAAGAUGGUUCCGUAGGCGAGUUGACCAUCACAGACCUGAGGCCAGAGACCACCUACGAAGUCAUGAUUUCUGCCAUCAAUGGGAAGGGGGAAGGCGAAAGCUGCCCUGUGGAGCUCUUCAAAACGGAGCCAGUCCGAAAACCAAGUGCUCCCAAACUGGAAGGGGUGCUUCAGCCAAUAGGCAACUCCCUGAAAGUCAGCUGGAUCAAGCAAGAUGACGGCGGAUUGCCCAUCCUCCAUUACCUCGUCCGCUUCAAACCAAGUCAGUCACCGCAGUGGAAACCCGAAAUCCGCAUGCCCAGUGACAGCGACUACGUGAUCCUGAGCGGCCUGGAGUGGGACACGGAGUACGCCGUCUCUGUGGUGGCCGAGAACCAGAAGGGAAAAUCGCAGCGGGCGAGCAUGUCCAUCAGGACGUCUGUGCAGCCGGCCGUCACGCCAGACUUGGACGAGGACACGGGGUUCCCCAUGGGCAUUAUGCUGUGGGCGGGUAUCCUGGUGGUGGCGUUCAUACUGCUGCUCUUGGCUGUGGACGUCACGUGCUACUUUGUUAACAAGUGCGGCCUCAUCAUGUGCCUGUGCGGCAAGUCGGCCUCCGGCACCAAAGGCAAAGACUUGGAGGAGGGCAAGGCCGCAUUCAUUAAAGACGAGUCCAAAGAGCCCAUCGUGGAAGUCCGAAUGGAGGAUGAGUGCACAGCCAAUCACAAUGCAGCAGGUCCAACGGAACCCAACGAAACCACGCCCCUCACAGAGCCAGAGCUGGCGGCUUUCACUGCUACCCUGGCACUGGACACGCUCUCCUCUGACACGGCCACAGCCACCAUUGACCCUGCAACGGACAGCCCCUCUAGCGAGACCACCAUGCUCACGUGUAGCCUGUCCACCCCGGCCAACGACCCCUCGCCCACACCCAUCCUGGCGCCCGCACCCAGCCCAGAGACAAACGCAGCCCCCCCGACUCCCCCAGUUUGCGGGGCAGCUGUCGAGGCCAAGAUUGCGCCGUUAGUUGAGCAGAGGGGAGGCCAGUGGGUGGCGGACGAAGAGGAGAAGGAGAGCGACGUUCAUCCAGGCACCCCUGAACUGACUAAAAAAUCCGGGACCCCCAUUCCACCCAAGCGCAGACACUCUCCUAAACUUGCUGCCCUGAAGGCUAAAGCUAGCCCACCUGUAUCUCCGUUGGCCACAGACCCUCCUCUUACUCCAGACACCAAGAAACCAGCUCCCAGCCCGCCACUCAUUCCCAAAGACCCCGAUUCAGACAGCGCCUCUGACAAGCCCGCCCAGCCGUCCUCCCCUCAUGACCCCUACCCUAACCCCCCGGCUUCAGCCAUCCACAGUGCUCCAAAAAUGCCGGAUGCUGAAGAAUCAUCCCCUCUAGUCCAAGACAUCCCCACCCCCAUGUCUCCCCCACCUGCUAGUGACCUCCGAGCAUCACCACCGCACAUGUACGACUUACUCGCCCGCGACAUGGGCCUCAAUAACGCCACGUUUGACUUAGAGCUAAGUAAUGGCACGGAGAGAACCUCAGCCAUCCCCGACGAUCUCAUUAGCUUAGAGAGCCCGCCCUCUGCCCCAACUCUGCCCAAUGGAGACGGAGCAGACCUCCCCCCCUCAGUGGACGCAUCAGAGACUCUGGCCAAGAUCGUUCUUCCCGUCAACGAUGAGAAGAUUUUUUCAGAUGGGAAGGGCAAAUUGGAGGAGGAGCUGUCCAACGCCCUGACGGAGAUGCCCGCCGAGCGCAACAGUGUCAUACAGACAAAAGCGACGCAAAGCAAAGCAUGAAAAAACAAACAAAAAAACAAUCUUACACAUUGUGCAGCUGCGGGAAUUUUCAUUUCCAGUGCCCUUAAGUACACACAUUCAAACACACACGAAAAAAACCCACAUUUAUCUAGCACACAUUUUCACCCCGAGGAGUUUAUCUUGCAGUCACCAGAUUUUUAUUUUUAAAUUUUUAUUUAACAGGACUAUAUCAAGACUCCCCCAAGCAUUUGAUUAUCAUGAGAACAAAAACACAUUCUUCACAGUCUAUGUUUCGUCUUCUCUGUGUGUGAGAUGUCCUUUUGUUUUCUCUGAGCUUUCCAUUCGUGUGCCGGUCUUGUUAGCUUGUUCGUGCAUGUUUGGCCUGCAGAUGGUUGCUAAAAGCUUUAUGGUUUCGCCUCACGAAUUAGACUCCCCAGUCCUCCCCCUACAAACCCACGGAUCUCACACUGGAUCAGCCCCGUUUAAGCGAUCCCACGUACCAUCAUUGCCUCACCAGCGUACGUUAAGCCAACACACACGAAAAAGAGAAAAGGGGGGAAAAAACGCUAUCAGGAAUGCUGAUCUUGUGAUCUACAAUAAAUAUUUUGUAUUUGGCUUGUCUCUUCCUCGCAAAAGCAAAGGAAAAAAAAAUAUUUUUUUGUACUAUUUAAGAGUUACAAAGAGCUCCAUCCCUGCCUGCAAGCUUAUGCACUGUGCCUGUGUGCGUGUCGGUAGAACGUCCUGUUAUCAGUUUCUAUGAUAAUCUGCUUUGUUGUGCGAGAUCUAGCGUCUUGUUUUUAUAUAUAUGUAUAGAUAUUAUACUGUAUAUAUUAAAAUGUACUAUUAUUGUCCGAAGAAGGUGGACUAAAUGGACUAACGUGGUCAUGAUAAUAAUAACAGGUGUAGUAUUAUUAAAGCACAGCGCCAUGUAUACAGUAUAAAGUCUUAUCAGUGGUUUUCGUGAAGGAAGGCAUGAAUUCAUAACUACUAACGAUCAGGCAAGUUGUUUGGGCCGUAAAUCGCUCAUUUUCAGUUCAUAUGUUGUUAUUGCUGGUUUUGUUAAUUUUCUCCUUCAAGUGUUCUGUAAUGUGCUUACCCCCCCCCACCCUCUUCCUUGUCUGGAAGCAGGGUGGGCACUCGCUCUUCUCUAAGACAACAAACAGAACUUUAAUGCCAACUGGAAGACCGUAUUUCCUAAAAAAUAAUGGCCAAUUAACGCCUCCCUCAAAUUAAAGCCUCUCUUUUCCCAUUAUGAAAAAGCAACACAAAUGUCAUUAGCUUGGUUCACAGAUGCUAUUGUUCACAUGAAAGAUUUAAGCCCGUUUGAACUAGCUAACCAAAACAGCAGCACCUACCGAGGUAUAAAACGGCCUCAGAUUAAUUAAAGUGUGUAGAUUUACUGAGUUCUCUGUGGGGAGAAGGAAUCUUUCACUCAUUCAUUUGACAAAAAUGAACAUCUCCCAAAACCCCUCUUUUUGUCAGGAAAAAAGGUAAUAAGAUGUUCCUAGACGCUAUUGUUCACACAGACUGUGAAGCCCAUUUUAACUUUAUGCUAAGCAAAACAAGGAGUGCCUCCCAAGGUGCCGCCCCACCGACUAUUAAGAAAAUUAAACACCUCCCUCAAAUAAACACACUUACUUUUCCCAUUUAAAUUAAGUAGUCCUUUAUAUAUUGAGAUAAAUUUCAGUUUCACGUGACAUGAAUUGCCAAAGUCUUUUUCAUGCACUUUCAGAAAUUAAGACAAAUAAAGGCCUCCCCCCCUAAUAAAGCUCCUGGUCAAUUAUUUGUAGAAAUACGGUCCAUUCGAUGAAAAAUGCUGGACGAUCCUCCUAUUCUUUACAGACCACCUUGCCCCCCUCAUUCCGAUCUUAUGGGGUGGAAAAACUAGGUAAAUAUCUGCUGUGUACAGUCUUGAGUGCUAACCCAUUUUCAAAAUAAACACAUUGUUUCUCAAUCACA